GUGUCCCGUCGCAUUAACUACCACGCAAUUGGAAGACCGCCUCGAUUUUAACGCAGUCCUACGGAAUAAAAAGCUGAGUUGGGCGGUCGCUCUUUCCUGCGUCGAUGAGAAGAGACGACGAUGUCGACACUGAGCGUUCCUCCGUUCCUUACUUCGCCUCGCCAGGAUGCCAUCGAUCUCUACAAAGCCUUCAAAGGAUUUGGGUGUGAUAGUGCUGCUGUUGUAAAUAUACUUGCUCACCGUGAUGCAACCCAGCGUGCUCUUAUACAACAGGAAUACAAAACCAUGUACUCUGAAGAGCUUACCAGUCGGCUGUCUUCGGAGCUUAGUGGAAAUCUUAAGAAAGCAAUGCUUCUGUGGAUUCUUGACCCAGCUGGACGAGAUGCAACUGUUUUGAGGCAAGCUUUUACUGGAGAUGCAGUUGAUUUACAAGCCGCCACUGAAGUAAUAUGUUCUCGGACAACCUCACAAAUACAGACAAUCAAACAGAUAUACCACAUGAGAUUUGGUGUUCAACUUGAACAUGACAUUCAUUAUCACACCUCUGGUGAUCACCAAAAGUUAUUGCUGGCAUAUGUUGGCACAUUACGCCACGAGGGACCUGAGGUUGAUCAUCAUAUGGUUUCAAAACUUGCAAAGGAUCUGUACAAAGCUGGUGAGAAAAGAUUGGGAACAGAUGAGAAUACCUUUAUCCGCAUUUUCAGUGGAUGCAGCUGGGCACAUUUGGCAGCUGUUGCUUCUUCUUAUGAUCAUACUUAUGGCAAAAAGCUGGAGAAGGCUGUGAAGAGUGAAACAUCUGGAUAUUUUGAACUUGCCCUUGUCACGAUUCUAAGGUGUGCAGAGAAUCCUGGCAAGUAUUUUGCAAAGGUGGAACUAAGAAGCCUGACAUAUGAAUCCUCAUGACUGGCCUGACACAAGUGAUUGGCCAGACAGCUGGGCCCUUGUGAUGGGGCUCAGGACUCUCUCACAACCAAUCAAGUGUAAGGCUUACAUAUAUGGGUUCUUGCACGUGAGGCUGUAUAACAUUCAUGGUUUGUAUUUAGAGUAGAUACUUUGAGGUAGUUAUCUGAUCAAUCUUAAAUGCUUGUCUCUGUUUCUUCAUUUCCACAUUUUACCUGGUUUUCGUUUCUUUUGCUAUUUUUCUGCAACUAAGCCCUGGAAGCUGGAUAAGAGUCUGACAACUUUGACUAUAGGCACAAAACUGCUCCCAUUCCAGGUACUAUGACAGACAACUUGUUAUGAGCCUCACACUGAAUGCCACACUUAGACUGAAAUAACUCAACAAUUUGAUGAUAUCUUAGGAAUUAGCUUAGCCAAAGACUGCUCCGAACAAAGAAAAGAGAUUUUGCUUCUUGGGCUGCAGGAUUGUGCCCAGGUCAUUAGCCCUGUUCUUGGUGAUGCUGAUCUUAGAGUUUUGACAUGGAUGUUCUUGACUAGAAUAAUCUGUCUUAUAUGACUUCUCAUGAAAUGUUCAUGUCAAGAUGGAUUAGUAUUCCUGUAGUUGAAAUUUUUUUAUGAGGUCUUACAUUGCUUGAUGAGUCAGCAAUGCGGUAUUGAGUAUGCAUCUACUCUUACAAGUUAAAAUCAAGUAUUUGUUUUUUGAACUAUGAUG